CAAAAAAAAUACUAUAUUAACAUUUUGCGACGAUGCUUUUCCCGUUGCUGCUACUUCUUACAUGUACCAACGUGGUGCAUGUGAUAAAAUUUGAAGAUAUAUUAAUCUGUACGAAUGACACAGAUUGCAACGAAGCGACAGACUCGCCAACGUACACACAAGAUUCUGAAAUUGACGAUUCAGCUUCGGAUAAUUCCUCAAAUAACACAGAGGAAGAUAAUCCAUUUGUUACUGCUCUUCCUACUGAGAUGACAUCUUUGAGAACAAACUUUGAUGUAACAGAAUCAGAAGUAGAAUCAACUUUGACAACAACGUCCUCGCCAGUUGUUAUUCCUCUAAAUAAAACUCUCAAGUUCAAAAAAACAGAGUUAUGCGAAUGUGAUUUGACUAAAUUUGGCUGUGAUAUCAAUUGCUGUUGCGACAGAGAUUGCAAUCAAUCUCACUUGUCCGCCUUUUCUCACUGUCAAGAUUAUCACAUGGAGCUUUACGACAGUCGAUAUUGCUACAAUCGAAAUUUCGUACAACUAAACAACACGCCUUUCAUUCUUGAGAAACUUGGAAAUAACUUGUUUUGCGUCUUAUAUGAUAAUAUUCCAUCUAGAUAUAGCGCGAGUAACGAUCUGAUUUUACGGAAUGAGAAAGAUCUGUGGAAUGUGAUAAAAACAAAAAAAUAUAAAUGGAAAAUAAAAUCUGACGAAGUGUUGCCCAAAUACAAUUUAACGAAAUAUUAUCAACACGGAGACAUAUUGUGGAAAUUAUAUGAUAAAUCUAUUGAAACAACAGAAUUUCUACAAUCCGGAUUUAACGGAAUAUGUUCGCUGAAAAAGAUCUUGCGAUAUCUAGAGAAUUGGAAAGACACGUGCAUACAAAGUGAAUUAACAAAUGUCAAUCAAUAUUUGUUUUCCACGACGUUCAGUAAUUUUACUAUUAUCAAAUCUCUGCCGUCAUUCAACAAUACAUUUGUCACAAAACAGGCUUGUCGAAGCGAUAUUUGUUUGCCGAUAAGGACUCAUUACUGUUCAAAAUCGUUCAGCGUGUGCAACAGAACCAGAAUACCGGGUUUCUGCGUAAACUCAACUUGCACCAAUAUCGUCAAAGGUGUAAAAUACGUAAUUGUUCACAACGGCUCCGCCGGCGUCAACAGCAUUGACGCUUAUUUCGAUAUAGGCGACACUUCGCGUGCGUUUUAUCAAUAUUACGAGGUCCGGUACGAGUGGAUAGACACGAAUAAGACAAAAGCUUUCGCACGUAGCGGAAAUCCCGGUUACAUCGCGGGCAAACCGAUCAUUGUCGGCGCGCCGCAAACUAACAAGAGCAAAGCCGAGAUCUUCUUUAACAGAACUAAUGGAUUUCUCACAUUGCCUCUGGCUCAGAAAAGUGGUGAGUGCGACCGAAUCGGCAGGCACGUCGUCGCGUUCGGCGAGGACGUUCGGCUAAGAUGUGUCGCUAAAUUAUUGACGAAAAAUUUCACCGCGUCAUCUUGCGCGGAACUGCAAAAUCUGACUAUGGAUCUCAUGACGAAUGCGUUCACGUUAAAUGCGAGUCUGCCGUACAACGUUUACGUGUCCAAGUUGGGUAAUUUCACCAACAGGAAAACGGCCGAGUGGUCGCGCGUCGUGUUCGACAGAAUACCACAGAGCGUUGUGACCGCGCACAAAAUCGGAAGACGGAUUCUGUGUUCCGGAUUAAUCACGAGCGUACAUUUGAAUAUUCUUUAUUCGACAUUACCAAAGUCAAAAACUUUAACCAACUACAAAAUACUAGGCUUUGGCGUUACGUUCGGCAAGGAGGAGGACAUCAGUUGGCCAAAAUGCACAAUGAAAACUUGCACCGACGUUCUUCACGUCGAUAUUCUCUCGUACGUUAAUUUUCACGACGUUUCAAAACCAUCGAAAUAUUAUUUUGUCGGCGGGUCUAAUCUAGACCUUACAUUACCUUAUGAUUUUUUUUAUCCCUUUCUGAACGAUUCAGAAAGGAUAAAAAGUCCAAAUGUAUUGAUUCUCUUUAUUAUACAUGUGUGUGUGAGUGUGUUAUAUACACAAUAUAACAUAUAAAUAUCG